AUGCGGUUUUCUACGGUUUCUUCCUUGGCUUUGCUCGGUGCUGCCACCGUGUCGGCGAUUGGCGAACUUGGUUUUAACAUCGGUGUCAAAAACAACGACGGGACUUGCAAAAGCACUUCGGACUAUUUGAACGAUUUCAACACUUUGAAGGAGUACACGAGUAUCGUCAAGGUGUAUGCCGCGUCGGACUGUAACACGUUACAGAAUUUGGGUCCAGCUGCUGAACAAGCCGGUUUCACCGUUUUCGUCGGAGUUUGGCCAACGGACGACGCACACUAUGAGGCGGAAAAGCAAGCUCUACAAGACUACUUGCCAAACAUUAAGACCUCUACCGUGCAAGGUAUUCUCGUGGGCUCCGAGGCGUUGUACCGUGGCGAUUUGACUGCGUCGGAACUUGCCGACAAAAUCGACGAUGUGCGCAGCUUGGUCAAAGGCUUGAAAGAUUCUGAUGGCAACUCUUACGGCAACACGCAAGUCGGUACGGUAGACUCCUGGAAUGUUCUGGUCGAUGGUGCCAACCUUGCUGCGAUCCAGGCCUCUGACAUGGUUUUCGCUAACGCCUUUUCGUACUGGCAAGGCCAAACCAUGCAGAACGCGUCUUACUCGUUCUUUGACGACAUCAUGCAGGCUAUGCAAACUAUCCAGACUGCCAAGGGCUCCGACGUGAACUUCUGGGUCGGUGAGACCGGCUGGCCUUCUGAAGGUACCAACUUUGAAAGCUCUUAUCCUUCGACCACCAACGCCGCACAGUUCUGGCAACAGGGUAUCUGCGCCUUGCGUGCUUGGGGUGUCAAUGUGCUUGUUUUCGAAGCCUUCGACGAGGACUGGAAACCAAAUACUUCUGGCACUUCUGACGUCGAAAAACACUGGGGUGUUUGGACUUCUGGCGACUCUCUGAAGUACUCGCUCAACUGCGACUUCAGCUCCUGA